UAAAUCUGCUUAUAUAGUGCAUGCGUUUCUUCUAUCCCAUUCAGACAUUUCUCCAGAGACGUUUCUGAGAAUUUCUCUCUUUAAUCUGAUGGCUUGUCUCUCAUUGUUUGUUUUGUUUCUUAUCUUUGUUCUCUCAACAUUCCCUCCAUGUUAUGUCCAUGGUAUAAUUAGCUGCAUUGAAACUGAAAGGAUAGCCCUUCUCAGCAUCAAAGAAGGCAUUAAUCAUAGCGACGACCAAAGCUUGUUCUCUUCUUGGAUUGGCCAUGACUGCUGCAAAUGGCAAGGCGUGAGCUGCAACCAUGAAUCCCGCCAUGUCAUCAAGCUUGAUCUCCGACAGCACCCUUCUAAUGUCUCUUAUUAUUUUCUCAUGCCACCAAUUGUCAGAGGGCAUCGGGAGGCUGCAGAAGUUGGUGGAGUUUCAUUUGUCCAAUAACCAAAUUCAGGGAUUGAUGCCUGCAAGCAUUGGGGACCUGAGAAACCUGCAAUAUUUGGAUUUAUCACAGAAUAUGAUCAGUGGAGCCAUUCCCGAAUCCUUUGGUAAUCUCACAGUUUUGCAGCAUUUUAAUGGUGCUGAAAAUUAUGUCAGCGGAAAAUUGCCUGAAACUAUAGGAAAUCUUGUUCACCUUCAAGAUCUAGAUUUGUCUCAAAAUGCAAUAAGUGGAAAGUUACCAGAGAGCUUUGGAAAUCUUAGCCAAUUGCAGUAUUUGAGCAUGCAGGGCAAUGGCAUCACGGGGGGAUUACCAGAACAUGUAGGAAAGCUGUCUAGCUUGUUGGAGCUUGAUUUAUGCAACAACAACAUCAACAGAACAUUGCCAAAAGGCAUGGGGAACUUAUGCAAGUUACGAACCUUGGAUUUAACUAGCAAUAUGAUCAGUGGAGGCAUUGAUGACCUGGUUGAUGGAUUGUCUAUAUGCAACAAGGGCCUAGAAACAUUGAAUCUGGGAAACAAUAAGCUGAAUGGAACAGUUCCAGAGAACAUAGGCAAAUUAUUUGAAAUGAUUAAAUUGAAUCUCUCUUCAAAUUCUUUGAUGGGUGUCUUAACUGAAUCUCAUUUUGCUAGUCUAGUAAGCUUGCAAUUUUUGGACUUAUCCUACAACUCAUUGCAAUUGAAUGUAAGUGAGAAUUGGAAGCCUCCUUUUGAAUGCUUGGUCAUCAGAAUGUGUUCUAUCAAAGUAGGCCCUGUUUUUCCCACUUGGAUAAAAACUCAGACAGGAUUGAGUGACCUUUGCUUAUCAGAUGCUGGAAUUUCAGGCAACAUCCCUGCAUGGUUUGGAUAUCUAAGUUCCUCUUUUGGCUAUGUUCUCAAUCUAUCAAAUAACAAUAUGGAGGGGAGGCUACCAACUUUGAAAAAUUACACUUUCCAUAGGAUAGAUUUGAGUUCAAACAGAUUUGAAGGCCCAUUACCUGAGCUUGAUCCCUCCUUUUUGCUUGUUAUCUAUCUCAACAACAACUCAUUCUCUGGGUCUAUUCCUUCGUACUUUGCUAAUGCUACUUAUAUUCAAGUUUUCUCUGUGUCUGUUAAUCAUAUCAACGGCAGUAUUCCAUCGUUCUUUUGUAACCUUACUACCUUGAAAUUGCUUGAUAUAUCUAAUAAUGAUAUGUCUGGAGGACUUCCCAAUUGCUGGAAUUCAGCAUCAGCUUUGGAAAUUAUUAAUUUAUCUGACAAUAAUUUCAUUGGUAAAAUUCCUAAUGGCCUUGUGUCCUUGACCAAUCUCCGAUCCUUACAUUUGAGAAACAAUGACUUCUCUGGAGAUCUCCCCUUGUCCUUGAAAAUGGCCAAAAAGUUGGUCACUCUUGACAUUAGUAAGAACAAACUCUCAGGUAGCAUACCAAUAUGGAUAGGAGAAAACCUUUCAUCUUUAAUUGUGCUUUGCUUGAGAUCAAAUUUAUUCCAUGGCAUUAUUCCAGCACAAUUAGCAAAACUUUCCUCUCUUCAGAUUUUGGACCUUGCACAGAACAACCUAUCAGGUUGCAUUCCUCAUUCUUUUGGAGAUUUCAAAGCUAUGGUAGUCACAAAACCACACUCAAUGGUGGUCUUUGUUCUCUAUUUUGAGUGUUGCCGAACCUUUUUUCCCCUUUUUCAAUGA